UUUUCAUAGCUAUGAAACAACUUUCCUUAAAGCAAUAUACUCACAACGUAUCUAAAUCUAAGGCACGCAAAGUAAUACAAAACAAGUAUUCUAUAUACAAUAGAAUGAAUAUUUGCAAGUGCUAAAACCUUUUGCAUUUUAUACAAUACAUAAAAGUUUUCAUCAGAAAACAAGCCAGUUAUAAUACUUUUCACAUGCACACACACAUCUACUUAUGGCUAUUUCACUCUCAAACUGGGCUCAGUAUGUUAAUAACAUACUCAGCAAACGUGGUUCCCUUGAUCAGGGUAAAGAGAUAUCAAAUCAAAUAAGUAGGUCUAAGGUAGGUCAUAGGUCUAAGGUCUGUGUGUUAAGUGGGUUCAGACAAUGGCGUGGCUACUCAGUAGACACUCAGUAGUUGUACAGACGCUGGCAGGGUUGUUUGAAGUGACCAAAGCGUCUGUCAGAGGGGGAGAAGCACACCUUGGCAAGGCUCUGUCUCUGGAGAGCACUCCUGGUCAGCUUCUUGCACUCCAAGUGAGUCCUGGCUCGCUGUAUGGCAAGCAGUUGGACAUUGCAUGGAAGCAGGCUGCCCCAGGCAGCUAGCCUCCAGGACACAUGCUGUUUGACUGGCACAGGCCUGCAGGGGGGAGGACAUAAUAACUGUAAUGUGACACUCCUUUCUCUAGGAUAAUGGUUGUGUUAUCACACUGACUAAAGGAGAUGGAUCCCUUGGAUGAAAACUGACCUGGGAGAAGUAUCCUCUUCAUCGCUGGGCUGGUGUCUGAUCUGGUCUACAGACAUACUGGGAUGCUCAAUCAGCAGGUUCUCCAAAGGGUCUUCCUCAGGGGGGGUCAGGGAGUUGUUCUCUGGAAACAUCAGAUGACAAAAUUACUAAACCGAGACCAAAGAGGAAAAACACCAGUGAGACCUCUAAUAGUGUCCAUUAGAUCUACUAUACAAAUAACUACAAUACUACCAUUUACAGAACAAGUAACUGCAGACAACAAUGCCCAUACAAGUUUAACAACUAACUUGUGAUUUCAACUUUCGGUGAACAAAAUUAUUAGCUUACCUUGAAUGUUGAUAACCACCCAUCCUCCCGCCUCAAACUCAAUGAGCUCCUCAUAGGUUGCAUUGUCAUCUGUGGGAAAAUCGUCAUCUGUGCUACCAAGGAAAUGGGCAAGUAUCUUUCCAAUCAUUGUGUAUAUGUUUUGUCUCCCUUGGCCCUCUUAUUGCAGUCUGCAAAGAAAAUGAGUUAACAUAGUGUUAUAGUAUGUUUUCCUUAUGGGGUAUAAGGGGGAAAAAAUGCAGACCGGAUACAAUUACUGCUAAACUGAUCAUGGUAAAACAUUGCAUCAAAUACAAGAAAACAGCACAACCUGAAAAGGUAUGUGUAGUUUAAUAUCCACAUUGACAGAAGAUAGAUCUGAAAUGAUUUCCAGAAAGCAGAAUCUGAACAACACCUUACAUUAUGACCUUUAGUUUUUAACAUUGUGUCCUGGCUUAAUGACCCUGCCAGCACAGCAGAAUCAGGAACAGCAUGCCCCUUGGAAGCUAUUUGCAGACGGAAGGUCAUGGCAUCCUUUCUGACCGGGAGAGCAGCUACCAUGGCUCCACGUAUGGAUGAUGUCAUGCAACUAUGCUGUGACCUGUCUGCAAAUCAGCAGAUAAAAGCAGCAGUGAAGAAUUCUGGGAAAGGAUCAGCAGUGGCAGGAGGGACUGCAUUUUUAGGGGGCCUUCUAGGUGGUCCCCCAGGGAUUGCUGUUGGUGGUGCAUUAGGUGGCCUGUUGGGAUGGUGGAUGACCAGUGGACAGUUCAGACCUCUCCCUCAGAUCAUCAUGGAGCUGCCUCCCCACCAGCAGCAGAGACUCUAUGCUGAUAUCAUGGCCGUUUUGGGCUCACUGGACUGGACAGACCUGGCCCAGCUGACCGCCCUGGUCGUGGGGAAUGCUACUCUCCAGCAGCAGGUCACUGCUGCCCUACUCCGGUAUAUCACAAAGGAACUGAGAGCAGAGGUGAGAUAUGGGGACUGAUCUACACAGACUCAAUAUCUGGAGGAACUCCUUAGAACAUUUGUACUCGGAUUUAACUCAAGCUUAUUCCUGGAGACUGAAAGAACCUGUUAUACUGUAGGUUCACUGAAAGAGGCCUUAUGAGAGUUACAUUGAGACUCAUGUCAGACCUGUCAUGUUACCUAAUAUCUGAUCAUGUCCAUAUAAUAUCCUUUGAUGAAGCGUUUAAAUGACAUUUACGCCACUUUUUUUUAACGUCAUUUACAUUAUGCCCAGCCCAAUACCAGUGUCUGCAUAUGUGAAAACGGCACAUUUCUACAAAACAAAUAUAAAGUUAAAAGUUCUACCCAAUGACAUCAUCAAAAGUAAAACAUAUUUAAAAACCGUGCUUUUCAGGCACUAGGAGAUUCCCAGUGAUGUGAGGAGCAAGAAAACACCCUCCCUCUGGCUAGAAACUUGUUGAAAACCACUGUUUUGAAAAUCACUGUUUUUUUUUACUUUUAAUGCUACCAUGUGAUGUUACAGAGAAGCAUUAUUUUAUUUUUUUGCACCUUAUCUUUUCAACCACAGAUCAUAGAAACUCGCUGUUUUGUUUUCACAUACUCUGUGUAGACACUGUUAUGGUUUCGGAGAUAAUGAAUAUGAGGUGGAAGAGUGGCGGAAUUGCACUUUAAUGUACACGUUUGUUUUGUUUUAGUUGAGAAAUUGUUAUCUCUGAAUGUCGCGGUAUGAUUGAAACGUAUCUGAUACGAACAGUCCAGCAAUUAACCAGAAAGGUGUACUUUAUUUAUAUUGUAGUGCAUAAUUGGUUGCCGAUAUUUUGCGCUGAAAUGUACACAUUGAAUAUUGUUGGUCAUUUAUAAUUGACAUGAUUUAGCAACAAAUGCAAGACAAUGAAAAAAAAGGACCCUGAUCACUCCUGUUGUAAGUGUGCCUGGGAUCUCAAGUGAUUCAUGCAAUGUGAAUAUUGUGAGAGAUGAGUACUUCGGAGAAACGGGCCUUGAUACUUCUGGCGCAUAAAAUGGUGAUAAGUGCCACCUAGUCCAAGAAUGAACUAAUUGGGAAAAUCUUGUAGUGCUCUUGUACUAAAGUGUUUGUAUGAAAAUCAUGAUAAAUGAAAUAAAGGACAACGGGGACAUGUAUGAUCACCACGAGCUUUUAGUAUGACGGUCAUUAAGCCAGAAAACAUGUUGUUUCAGUGAAUCAGCUUGACAGUUUCGUGAGGGAAAUUGUCAUCACUCCUGGACAGAUGCGUGCACGUAACAUAGAAUGGUAUCUCAUCUGUCGCAAUUUCGCAAGAUUUUUUUUCUUCUGGGUUUCCGAGAUCAUACGCAAUGUAAUAUAGUUCCUCUUUGUCAAUGUUUCAAAUGUAGACUUUUGAAUAACACUAUAAUCUUAUUAAGAUAUCAAAGCACUUUUUGAAGUAUGUGCAAAGGUUGUUUAUGACACCACUGCGAUUAUUAUUUCCCCCCCCCCCACAUUCGCUGUUCUAGAUGUUUCCUUGUUCAUUCUUUGCAAGCAAGCUUGGACCUGCCGGUUCUCAUAACACCAUACAGCGAAAGAUUGGUCAUUAAUCUUGAGGGGAAAUUUCAUUAGAAGUUAUGUCAUUCGUUUCUGAGAGAUGCUUGUCAGUCUUGUACCUAUGGCUUACUAAGAAACAGUGUUUUAGCAGCUUUUUCCAAAUUCAAAUGGAUUGAAUUGACAAGAUAUCAUAUUCCAUCACCACUUUAUUGGUAGUCUGGGGAUGUGAGAGCAGUCUAAUAUCUUUACAGAAAACCCUUUUUUUAGACAGUUCUUUUCAGAAACCAGAGAGCACGAUUUAAACUGUUUUUUGGUUUGAAAUGCCUAUAAAAUGUUAAUGUUUGACAUGUUGCAUUUGAAUACGUUCUUUAAAAAAAAGUAAUUGGCAGUUGGCCUGAGUAUUGCCAUUGACAACACUAGAGUUGGGAAAAUGAAAUGACGCAAUAACUUUCUCGAAAGGCUUAUCUUACUGCACCUGUUGCCUCAGGACUGGUUCAUGUGUCUGCAGGAGGCUUGUAACACCUACGCACGAAAUAGUUUGAUUACAGCUGUUUUGGGGGGGUCAAUAAGCAGUCUUACCAGGUGUUCAGGACAAGGAUAACCAAAGGUUGCUAUCA